AGUGCGUCCGGUUCUCCUUCCACAUCCCGUGGGACUACGCAACCGAGUGCUUCUUCAUUUCUUGAUAUGCUUUCCUCAUUAGGCUCGAUUCUAUCAAUACUUCCUCUGCUUGCCUCCACCUUCCAUGCACAUCCUACGACUCCCGCAGAUACAAUCGAGAUCAGCGCGUGCGAUCCCUCCUGGGCCUUCCACCGCCCGUCCAACCGAUGUCAGCCGCUUUUACAGCAAAGCGUCUGCGAAGAGGGCAAAUGGCUCGUCUUGAACAAGAGCACCAAGGAGCCGGAAUGCCGAAAGCGGCCUUGUGAGGAGUCCCAACUUCCUCUUUAUUCCGAUCCAGACAUCUGCGUCCCCAUCUACAAUCCCGGAAAACACUGCGGUCUUAAUCAGUUCCUGGUCGCAGAUCGAUUCGGUUUCGGGCAUUGCGAGUGUAAAAACGAGCCAGGUUACAUCUACUGGCCCCCAGACGACAAUUGUUACCGAGUGUUCCAUAGAGGCCCCUGCGACCCCGGAAACAUCUUCAUUUUCGACAGCCGAAAUGGAACCACAGUCUGCAAAUGGAAUCCCUGUCCCGACGACCAGAUCUACUGGCUCUCUCUCGGUGAAUGCGUCUCGGAAAACGACCCCACCCUGUGUCCUCCAUUCAUGCCCUUGACCUAUGACCGCCUCCCUGACCACCAAUUCACCCUCGCUUGUCUGCCACUUAAACAAUAUUUCGCGAUCGGCUCCUACACCUUUCGGAAGUGCGAACCCGGCAGCAUCAGCGAGAAGCAGGGCAAAUGCGGAGACGAAAUCUCCUUCAAUCUGUGCCCAUCGGGGAAAGAAGAAGACUUGUUUGGUGGAUGCCGAGAAUCCUCGGGAUGAAAUUCCUUUAAUGAGAUCAAGUAUCUUCCAGAAAUUCUUUGAAAACCUGUAUGUACCAUGAAAUGCCAUUGAAAUUUGUUGUCAGUUUCAGUCGUACUCUUCAUGUGGUCACAGAAAUGUGAGGAUUUGAUUUUCGUCAUUAUCCUGCAAAUUCUUUCUUGCAUUUUCCCACCAUUUCUCCUCGUUGCUCUUGCAUUUUAAAGCUUUUCAAAUUCUAAAACCCACA